AUGGUGGACGUGGACGUGGACAUGGACGUGGACGUGGACAUGGACGUGGACGUAGAGGUGGACGUGGACGUGGAGAACUUGGACGUGGACAUGGACGUGGACGUGGACGUGGACGUGGACGUGGAGGACUUGGACGUGGACAUGGACGUGGACGUGGACGUGGACGUGGACAUGGACGUGGACGUGGACGUGGACGUGGACAUGGACGUGGACGUGGACAUGGACGUGGACGUGGACGUGGACGUGGACGUGGGCCUGGUCUGGACGCGGACGUUGACGGACGCGGACGUGGACGUGGACGUGGACGCGGACGUGGACGUGGACGUGGACGUGGACGUGGACGUGGACGUGGACGUGGACCUGGACAUCGACGUGGACCUGGACGUCGACGUGGACGUGGACGUGGACGUGGACGUGGACGUGGACCUGGACGUGGACGUCGACGAGGACGUGGACAUGGACGUGGACAUGGACGUGGACGUGGACGUGGACGUGGACAUGGACGUGGACGUGGACGUGGACGUGGACAUGGACGUGGACGUGGACAUGGACCUGGACAUGGACGUGGACAUGGACGUGGACAUGGACGUGGACGUGGACGUGGACAUGGACGUGGACGUGGAGAUGGACGUGGACAUGGACAUGGAGAUAGGCGUGGACGUGGACGUGGACGUGGACGUGGACAUGGACGUGGACAUGGACAUGGAGGUGGACGUGGACGUGGACAUGGACAUGGACAUGUACGUGGACGUCGACGUGGACGUUGACGUGGACGGGGAGAACUUGGACGUGGACAUGGACGUGGACGUGGACGUGGACGAAGACAUGGUCGUGGAUGUGGACGUGGACGUGGACGUGGACGUGGACAUGGACUUAGACGUGGACGUGGAUGUGGACGUAGACGUGGACGUGGUCGUGGACGUGGACGUGGACGUGGACAUGGACGUAGACGUGGACAUGGACGUGGACGUGGACGUGGACAUGGACGUGGACGUGGACGUGGACGUGGACAUGGACGUGGACGUGGACGUAGACAAGGACGUGGACUUGGACAUGGACGUGGACGCUCGUGGACCAGGCAAGCUCCUGGACCAGGCAAGCUCCUUGACCAGGAUAGCUCCUGGACUAGGCAAGCUCCUGGACCAGGCACACUCCUGGACCAUGCAAGCUCCUAGACCAGGCAAGCUCCUGGACGAGGCAAGCUUCUGGACCAGGCAAACUCGUGGACCACGCACGCUCCUAGACCAGGCAAGCUCCUAG